ACGACGUGUACACUAAAGUUGCCCACUUCAACUACUACCACGCAUCCAGCAGACAUUAGACUCACGCCAAAUGCAUCAAGGGGACAAGGGUGCCUGAUUUUGUCAACUCCCAGUUGCCUACUUGACUCAUUAUUAUUUUUUAAUUAUACAGUGAUUUUUUUUUUUGGGUGCGUGUGUGUGUGUACCCUUACGUUUCAUUAUUAUUCCCUUCGCUUCUUCUAUAUGAACCUCGUCCAGUUUAUCCACCCGGGAUUGGAAUUUAGCCGAAAAUUUUUGAUUUCUGAGCAUUUUUCCCCACAAACUCUCCACCAAGACAUUCCUUGAAUUUUGGACUUUGUAAGAGCUGCUGCGAGUCCUUAUUGUUUGUUUUUGUGCUGGUGGUGCUGCUGACCCAGUAGCUGCAGGAUGGCUACUUUACCCGGAACAGUGCCUCGGAUGGUCCGCCCCACGCCGGGACAGAACUACCCACGAACCGGCUUCCCUUUGGAAGUCUCCACCCCACUGGGCCAGGGCCGGGUCAAUCAGCUGGGUGGCGUGUUCAUCAACGGGAGGCCGCUGCCCAACCACAUCCGGCACAAGAUUGUGGAGAUGGCCCACCACGGGAUUCGGCCGUGCGUCAUCUCGCGACAACUGCGCGUCUCGCACGGCUGCGUGUCCAAGAUCCUCUGCCGGUACCAGGAGACAGGCUCCAUCCGCCCGGGGGCCAUCGGAGGCAGCAAGCCCAGGCAGGUGGCCACUCCCGACGUGGAGAAGAGGAUCGAGGAGUACAAGCGCGAGAACCCGGGCAUGUUCAGCUGGGAGAUCCGGGAUAAGCUGCUGAAGGACGGGGUGUGCGACAGAAGCACAGUUCCUUCAGGUGAGGCUUCAUCUGUGAGCUCCAUCAGCCGCGUUUUGAGGGCCCGAUUUGGCAAAAAAGAUGACGAGGAUGACUGUGAUAAGAAGGAUGAAGACGGAGAAAAGAAAACAAAGCAUAGCAUCGAUGGCAUCCUCGGUGAUAAAUGUAGCCGCACAGAUGACGGCUCGGACGUGGAUUCGGAGCCCGACUUGCCACUGAAACGCAAGCAAAGGCGUAGCCGCACUACCUUCACCGCCGAGCAGCUGGAGGAACUGGAGAAAGCCUUUGAGAGGACGCAUUACCCGGACAUUUACACCCGGGAGGAGCUGGCCCAGAGGACCAAACUGACAGAAGCCAGGGUGCAGGUGUGGUUCAGCAACAGACGAGCCAGAUGGCGUAAACAGGCCGGUGCCAAUCAGCUCGCUGCCUUUAACCACUUACUUCCCGGUGGAUUCCCGCCCACUGGCAUGCCCACUUUGCCCACAUACCAACUCCCAGAGUCUAGCUACCCCGGCACCACACUAUCACAAGAGGGCAGUACCUUGCACAGACCUCAACCCUUGCCCCCGUCAUCCAUGCACCAGGGAGGCCUGAGUGACAGCAGCUCGGCGUACGGCCUGUCGUCCAACCGCCACAGUUUCUCCAGCUACUCCGACUCCUUUAUGAGCCCCUCGGCUUCCGGCAACCACAUGAAUGCAGUCGGCAACGGGCUCUCCCCGCAGGUGAUGAGCAUCUUGAGCAACGGGAGCGCAGUGGCCUCGCAGCCGCAGCACGACUUCUCCAUUUCGCCGCUGCACGGCAGUCUGGACGCCUCAAACCCCAUCUCGGCUAGCUGCAGCCAGCGAUCAGACCCCAUUAAAGGUGUGGACAGCCUGGCCUCUUCGCAGUCUUACUGCCCCCCUACCUACAGCGCCACCAGCUACAGUGUGGACCCCGUCACCGCAGGCUACCAGUAUAGCCAGUAUGGACAGACUGCCGUAGACUACCUGGCUAAGAACGUGAGUUUGUCCACCCAAAGGAGGAUGAAGCUUGGCGACCACUCGGCCGUGCUUGGACUGCUGCAGGUGGAGACGGGUCAGGCCUACUGAAGCAUCAACUCCUUCCCCCGAGGACCGCACGAUCGCGGACGAACAUUUUGGAGCCACUUUGAUGUUGAUAGUAGUUAACAAUAUCAUUUCAACUACUUUCCCUCCUUUUUUCAUAUUGUUAAUAUUAUUGUUGCUGUUGAUAUGUUGUUCUUUGAUUCCAUGGUGAGCAGGAGGAGUUUUUCUUUUUCCUCAAGCUGCUCUUCUUCACCCAGAACUCCAUUUUGCGUGUGUGUGAGGGGAGGGGGACGAGCGAUUUGACCUUCCCGCUUUCAUAUUCAUUUUGACAUUCCAAAAGCACUUGGCCACUCUGUGGGAAGUCUGGCUGGAGGGAUUCUGCAGGGAAUUUUAAGCAGUUUUUUGGCGGCCUAAAGCACCACCCCCCUUCCUUACAACCUCCAUGCCAUCCUUAGCCGCGGUCCAUUGGGAAGGGGGGCUUUGUUUGGGGAAAACGGAUUGGGGAAAUUAAUGUAUUUUGUUUGAAAAUAUGGAAGCUAGACAACAUUAUGGCUGCCAAAGUGGAAAGCAGAUUAAAUCACACGUAAAAUAUAAAAUGAUGCACCUUCACUUGGCCUCACACAAAACAAGCAUUCCUUCCAUGACAUUCCCCCAAAAAAUAAUCUAGAAAUAUUCCAACACUUUUUCCAGUGACGAAGUACACAAGACAUAAUUUUAAGUCAGCAAUUUAUGAAAAGGGUGGUCAUUACAUGAAUCAUUCAGAAUCAAAUUGUACUAUUACACGGAUAAGAAUGAUUAACAAGUAUAAAGUUGCAAUAAUAAAAAAAAAAUGUAAACAACAUUUCUCAAAGUACUUGAGAUUAAAAAGUUGCCAUUUAGGCAACAUUCCAAUUUUAUAGCUCAUUUAUGGUGAAUAAAAUUCAAAACUGAUUCUCCAUUUAAGGCUCUUUUACAUGUUCAUUAUUUAUUUUCGUAAGAAAUGCAAUUGAUGCAUGCAAAGUAAAAGUCUAAUUUAGUCAAAUUGUUAGAAUAUUACAUGACAAAAUGAGUUAAAUUAAUGAGAAAGAGUCAUAAUGUAAUGAAACAAAAAUUAAAUAUUGUGAAAAUAAUUGUAACAUGACCUGAAAAGUUUAAAUUGGCAAGAAACAAAAGCAUUAAAGUUGUAUUUUACAUGAAUAUUACAAUUCUUUUCAUCCAUUCUGACUUAUUAUACUAUAAAUGACUGUCUUCUUAUUUUUUUACUCUUGUAAUGUACAUUUUAUACUUGUCACAUUACAACUUAACCCUCAUUUAAAAAAACACACAAUUUAAAAACGUAUCAUGGCAGUAAAAAUGUAACUUACAGUUACAGUUGCAAUUCAGUUUAAGUGUUCAGUUGUGUUUCAUACAUUCAAAAAAAGAUUUUUAGCAAAUGUGAUCGCCACAAAAAUCACGGUAACACUUAAGAAUAACUAUCCAUUACAACUAGUUAAUAGAUUAUUAGUAAAGUGUAAAUGAAUGGUUUAUUGAUUUGUUUAGUGUUUGUUAACAUUUUGUUAAACAUUUAUAAUGAUGCCUUAUAGAUCAUUAAUAUAUCAUAAAUAAACUUAGGGUUAAUGAGUAAUAAAUGACAUGUAAGGUCAUUAACAAGCUAUUAGUAACUGAUUAACUAAUGACUUAUUAAGUAUUAGUUCAUAGUUUAUUAACGUUCUUGGGACGUUAUUCUUAAGUUGCAACUGCUCAUUUCUUAAUUGUUAGUAAAUGAGGAAAAAGUGGAACUUUACAUAGAAAUAACAUCCCAAAAGCAUACAUAAGCUUAUAACGAGUACUAAAUAUAUUAUAUAUAUUAUAACUCACACUUUACAAAGCAGUUGUUAAUAGUUUGCUAAGCAUAUACUAAACUUUGAAGAACAGCAAAUAAGUUGAACAAGUUCAAGGUACAGAAAUUUGAUGUGAUAUUUCAUAGACUUCAUAAUGUAUUGACAGCACACGGGGCACGGAGCUGAUAAAUAGGACAAUAUAACAACUGCAUUGUUGUCAAGGCUGUCAAAGCUGACCGAGUGAAGUCACAGACAAAGAGCUUUUUUCGUUAAAAAUUCUUGUGAAUAAAUGCUUAAAUCCCCAAAUUCUGUAUUGAUUUGGACGUAAAACAGUCUCCAUUCUUGGUUAAAACCAAAAAAACCCCAGUCUCGAUUAUUGGUUAAAAGCAGAAAAAAAAAAAAAAAAAAAAACGUGUCGUUAACAUUUAUUUUACGUAAAUAUGUCGAAGUACAAUGCCCUUCUGUUAGUGAAUGUAGCUAGCGGCCGCCUUACAUAAACAGAGCUUUUCCGGUGAAAAUUCUUGUGAAUAAAUGCUUAAAUCCCCGAAUUCUUUAUAGAUAUGGACGAAAACAGUCUCGAUUCUUGUUUAAAAGCAAAAAAAACGUGCAGUUAGCAUUUAUUUUAUGUAAAUAUGUCGAAGUACAAUGCUAGUCUUUUAGUAAAUGUAGCUAGCGCCCGCCUUAUGUAAACAGAGCAUUUCCGGUGAAAAUUCUUGUGAAUAAAUGCUUAAAUCCCCGAAUUCUUUAUAGAUAUGGAUGUAAACAGUCUCAAUUCUUGGUUAAAAGCAAAAAAACGUGCAGUUAGCAUUUAUUUUAUGUAAAUAUGUCGAAGUACAAUGCCCUUCUGUUAGGGAAUGUAGCUAGCAGCCGCCUUAUGUAAACAGAGCUUCUCCGGUGAAAAUUCUUGUGAAUAAAUGCUUAAAUCCCUGAAUUCUUUAUAGAUAUGGACGUAAAACAGACUCGAUUCUUGGUUAAAAGCAGAAAUUUGUGCAGUUCGCAUUUAUUUCAUGUAAAUAUUGUGAACUAUGAUGCCAAUGCAGUAGCGGCUAAUUUCUCCCAUUGUUGUUUUUUUUUUUUCAAAAUGCAUUUAUGGUACGAAAAAUAUAAUAAUUACCUUCAAUCCUCGAACAAAUCACUGAGACAAUCCUUCCUGUUUGUAUUCGGUACAGCCUUUGUACUUUUUCAACAGAAAUCUGGCGUUAGAUUGCUGCGUGCGUGUGUUUUUCAAUAGCUCGAGGCGAGGCGCAGUGCAUGACCGAUCUGACCCGUCAAUACUAUUAUGAAGUCAAUGGAUAUUUAAAAUAUCAAAUUUCUUCAUCUUAUAGGCCUGUCUGUGUGCUGUACCAAAGAAACACCACAGAUGAAAUGUUGAACAUUUUGCUUAAUACACAGAGACACGCAUACUGAGCCAUCACAUGGCAGAACAACAAAAUACAACAGUACAGCACGAACCCAUAAGUUGGACACUUUGUGCUAGUCAUAGGAUGAACUGAAUUUAUGAGGGGCAUAUGGUAUCACAGAAAACUGUUGACAAACACUUAACAAGUCAACAAUAACUCAUUUAUUAACAGUUUACUAAUGAUGUAUUAACUAGUUAUAAUGGAUAGUUAUUAUCAAGCAUCACUGAAAUCACAGAAAAUCAUUUGAAAGUUGUUGUUAAUAACACAAACAAACAACAAACAAUAGAAAAUGGAGUCACAAGUAUAGAAAACAGUCAUAUUUCAUUUUUAUGAAAAAAUGUAUUACUAUGGGAAAUACAUGCUAAUGUGCCCCUUUUCAUACUUACAUACCAUGUUCACAAAGACAACAGAAGCAUACAUCUGUUCCCCCUCACGUGUCAAUUUCAUUCUUUCUUAUUUUCAAAUGUGUACAGUCUGUUUUAUUUCUAAAGAGUAUGUUUUAUACUAAAACAAAACUCAACCUUUCCCCUGAAUUGUCUGGUGGUUUUCUGUUGAUUUUGUCAAACUUUUUUGUAUUUAAUUGCGCUUGAAUCCCUCUUCGGGAAGGAGAAUGUGUAAACACUUUGGAAUGAAUUCCCCUGGUGACGCCGUAAAGUGAGAGGACCAAAAAGUGCUCCGAAUGGACUCUGACCAGAACACUUGGCAGAUCAGAUGGAUCUUUUUACAAGCGGACCAGAGAGGACUGGACCAUUUUCAUGUUUACGCGCCCUUCGCUCAAAAAAAAAAAAAAGAAAAGAAAAAAAAAAAAAGAAAAAAAGAGUGGCGUUAGAUUCGUACGCACUGAAUCACCUGCUUCUCAUGUGAACUUGUGGAUACUUCAAGAAAAAAAAAAAGACAAGAAAAAAAAAGGAAUUAGAGUUGUCUUUAGUGUAUCAAAAUCAUUUCUAACUCUCAAUAAACAUUUGGAUAUUUAAAGCGUCUUAUUGCCCCGAUGAGCUGAAUUAACCUGUUUAGUUGCUUUCUCCUCUUUCUGUUUGGCAUGUGUGUGUGUAUAUAUUAUCAUGGUAUAAUUUAUUCUGCUCUAUGAAUAUUAGACUAGUGGGAAAACUUGUAUUGGUAUUUACUACCUUCAGCCUGUGGGUGUGUUUACUGUAACACUGGCGUAACUGUAUCAAAUAAAGAUCCCAAAUCAAAUGUUGCAAAAUGUCUUUUUU